GCGGAGGCGGAGGUGUACUUUGGAACAUCGGUCGUUCGCGGCUGGCAAGUUGGUUUUUACAUAACUAGAAUUUGCAAUACGGUGAUGCCGUUGCUGUAGGUGUAAGCCGGUAAAUGGAAAUCUAGAACUGUAUUUCAACAAAGCAAUUUAAUUCAAUGGUCAAAAUUACGGAUUGUGAAGCGAUGAAAAGGGAGCGAAGUGUCGGGAAGUCAUUGAUAGGCCCGGCCUAUGAAAUACAUCCAAAGAUGCCGGAAAGCAACCCAGCCGGGAAGAAGAAGGUUUUGGCAAAUGGUUAUACGCCUGGAAAAAGAGCACUGGAGACAUGUAGUGUGAUUGCUGCUUCAAUUUUGAUGAUACUUUACACUGCACAGCUAGUUUCGUUGCCUUAUAAUGGAAGUAUGGUGUCAAUUUUGCUGGCUUUACUUUUUGGAAUCUUAACUGCCGACUUUGCAUCUGGACUCGUUCACUGGGGUGCAGACAGUUAUGGCUCUAUUGAUAUACCAAUAAUUGGAAAAGCUUUUAUCAGGCCAUUUAGAGAACACCAUGUUGAUCCAACAGCUAUCACAAGACAUGAUGUGAUUGAAACCAAUGGAGAUAACUGCCUUCUGGUUAUAUUUCCAAUACUCGUUCAAACAUACAGGUAUGCAACUUACGCUACAGAAACCCUCCAAUCAUCUUUUCAUUGGGAUGUCUUCGUGUACGCUUUGGCAAUUUUCGUCACACUUACAAAUCAGAUCCACAAAUGGUCACAUACCUAUUUUGGUCUUCCAUCUUGGGUAUCCAUCCUACAGGAUUUGCACAUCAUUCUUCCAAAGAAGCACCACAGGGUCCAUCAUGUGGCACCACAUGAAACAUACUUUUGCAUCACAACUGGCUGGUUAAACUACCCAUUAGAAUGUCUUCGAUUCUGGAUUAUUGUAGAAUGGCUUAUUGAAAAAACUACUGGAUUCAAGCCAAGAGUUGAUGACUUAAAGUGGACAAAAACAGAUUGACAGCUGUGUCUAAGCAUUUAAUUAAGUAAUUGCCUUAGAGUUUUGCACUUUUGCUCUACAUUGCAGUUUAUUGGCUGUGAUAAUUUUCAUUUCUGUUAGCAUUUCUUAUAUUUAGGUGUAUGCUAUUGGUCUAGAAUGCUUUUUGAUUAGCUUACAAAGUAGCCUAUUCUCGAUAAGGGCUGUUGUGAAAGCAUUAAGUGGUAUUUUACUAAGUACUUUGUUAAUACCCUCUGCCAUGUUUAUUUUUUAUAAUAUUACUGCUUAAACAAGGAGACAUUUCUAAAAAAGAUUCUGGCAAUUAUCUAUCCACGUUUUUAAGCAAUCAAAGACGAAAACAAAUUUGUCAUUCGAUAAACUGGAAAUUGUCUGGUGGAUCUCACGUUUCAUAUGUGUAUUAUUAAUUUAGAAUAUUUAUUUGAUAUUAGAUCGGUUUGAUAUUUAGAUUAAAGUAGGGGCAUGUGGAAAAUAGAUUAGUCCCUAUUUCGGGAAUGGGCACUGGAAGUAUAGUAUUGUAGUAAACACUGUAGAAUAAGAACUUUUUUAGGGAAGAAUAUAGGUAUAAAAUCAUUUAUGAUUGUUUUUGCUGCGUAAAAUGAAAAUCAAUGCACCAGCUCAACUGUUUUCUUUGUUCGUCGUAGAUGCACAUUGUUCAUCUCCAUUGUUCAUCUCCAUUGUUGUAUUCGGUAGAAUUUGAAUUUGAGAAAAUCAAUUUGAAUUUUCAAGCUCUAUGGCAGUAUUUUUGUUAACGUAUUCAAUAAUAUUACUGAUCAUGAAGAACAGAUCUUAUGUUCUUUGACCAUGUUUUAAAGAGUACCUAUUACUAAUAAGAAGAGCUUUAGCGAGAAAGUUUUGGAUGAGUUUUUUAUGCCUAGUGAUUAUUCUUUUUGGGCGAUUCUUGCUUUAAGGCGAGACCGAGCGUGGAUUGGUUUCCCUUAUUUCUGCAUUCAAUAAAGAUCCGCGAGAGACUGCAAAGCAACUUACCUUGUCAUCCCUGAAUAUUUUGCAAAGCAAAUUAGUUGGCCUUAAUUAGCUUCUUUAUAGCUAUCAGCCGUUCAUUUAGUACGCCAACUUUAAACAAAUUAUUUAUUAUUAUUUAUAUAUAUUAUUAUCGAACAUUUCGAUGCUUAA